AUGCCCUGCACCGAGGUCCUCUCGGUGCUCCAGGAAAAAGUUUCGCAGGCAGCUAACCGACAGCUCAAGGCCCUGGCGUUGGGUUUGGAUUCAGGGGUGGCCAUGCCCAGCCGGCCAUCCAUUGGAAGCAUCUCAAAGGAGUCUGCAGGCCCCGGACGCCCCCCGGUGCCGGGCGCAGCCCUGGGCAGCGCUCCGGCCUCGGAGAGAGGGGGCGUCCAGGCCCCCGCCCCGCCUCGGUCCGAGAAGGAUGCAUCCCCUGCGCCAAGACUGCAAAAGAUGCAGCUGGAAGUGGAUACCGAGCUGCUCCUGGAGAAGGAGCAGGCGAUUGCCGAGCUCCGUGAGAUGGUUGGGAUCAUGACGGAAAAGAUCAAGAAGCUGGAGCAACUGGUGGGCUGGGGAUGGCUCAUGGGGGAGUGGCGAGGGCGGCGAGAGGGGGCCUUCAAGAGGAGUUGA